AUGGACAACGCAGCAGAGGAGGAGACUGAGAGGAUGUGGAUGGCCAAACUGGAUACAGUUUAUCCAAAGGGCCUGAAUGAAAGGGGGCCGAGAGGGGACCGCGACUGGAGAGCUGAGGAGAUCGCACGCAGACCACCUCGCCGAAGCAGCUAUCCAUCUCGAGAGGGUCGGAGGACCUACACGGCGAUCAGGAGAGAUGAUCACCGCAGCGGUGAGUCAGACUUUUUCCACGCACCACAGCGGAAUCGGGGGAGAAACCAGCCGGCAGCAGACCGCUAUGCAGCCCGCCAGGAGAGCUGGAGAGGAGAUCGCGGCUGGGGAGCUGACGAGGACGCACGCCGACCACCUCGGCGCAGCAGCCAUCCAUCUCGAGAAGGUCGGAGGACCUAUGCGGCGGUCGUGAGAGAGGAACACCGCAACGGUCAGCCAGGCUUUUUCCACGCACCACAGCGGAACCGGGGGAGGGACCGUCCGGCACCGGACCGCUAUGCAGCCCGCCAGGAGAGCUGGAGAGGAGACCGCGGCUGGAGAGCUGAGGAGGACGUACGCCGACCACCUCGACGCAGCAGCUACCCAUCUCGAGAAGGUCGGAGGACCUAUGCGGCGGCCGUGGGAGAGGAUCACCGCAGCGACGAGCCGGACUUUUUCCACGCACCACAGCGGAGCCGGAGGGGAGAACAGCCGGCGACAGACCGCUAUGCAGCCCGGCAAGGAAGUCGGACCGGACGGGACCGACGAUUCGAACGGAGAACGGCUCGGGACAAUCGGUAUGUGAGACGCACUCGCGCUGAGCGAGCUGGACCUCCUGUUAACAAAAUAAUUUCAGAUGAUCCGGACUUUUCUAAAAAGGUCCGCAUUAUUCACAGACUUAUUAAGACAGUACAUCAUUUGAAAAAUGUGACUAGUGACACUUAUCCUCCUUCUUUAAACAAAAUAGCACACAAUUUAAAGACUGUUAUUAAACCGGCCGUCCCUACCAAACACACACAAAAUAAGAUUGAGGAGAACGCUAAAAACUGGGCCCGUACAACCAUGGUGAUCCUCCGGCAACAUUACACUCAGAGCGUAGAGGAGGAAUUAAAGGCUCUCUCUGAGUGUUCUAAACAGGACUGGGAGGGCCCGUUCGAGAUAGCAACAUCCUGGGCCAAGAGGAACCUGGGCCGCCGCCUCCAACCUGACUCUCUGGAACAGGCCAGAGCUGAGAUCGUGGCCAAACUGGGGGACCUGGGGACUGCCACUUCAACAGAGGAGGGCCCACCUGCACCCCGCACAACAUCCAAAACAACGACGGCAACGAUGACGGACCACGUCGCUGGAGACUGGUCACCUUCUUCUGAGAUGGAGCAGGAGCAAGAGAGGGAUCUGACACCUUCCUCCCCUCCAGAAUCUUCACAACCAGCAGAGCCCAAUCUGGCCACACCGAAGGAGCAGAGGGUGUUGAGAUUCGCCGCCUCGAUCCAGAGACGCCAUCCCAGGAACGGCCAUGCUCUCCCUCCACCCAACCACCACAAUCUGGUGAAAUGAUGGACACUGAGGGACUGGACCUCACACAGGGGGAAGUCACCCCCAAAAAGACAAAGCGGGUUAACACUUUAACAGUGGCUAAACCGCAACCAGUGUCUCACCCGGGACCAUCUCGCAGCGGCUUAGACAGACUCACUUCCUGUGUGCAAACCCGGCUUCAGCUUCAAGCAGCAGAGGAAGAAUCAUCUUCUUCAUCAUCUCUUCCUCCUUCACCAGCCUCACCGGGACAGCAGGUGCGGACGCCGACCAGACAUCCCAACACACACAGGAAAUUGAGAGACUGGCACCUGCAUGUGAAAGAGCCCUGGCUCGUCGUCGGCGAUUCUAAUGUUAGCAGACUGCCCCCCUUUGCAGCUGACAGUUUGCAGAUCGAUGGCUUCCCGGGAGCCAAAUGGUGGCAUGCAGAGUACCUCCUGGAGAAAGCCAC